AUGCAACACGCAUCGAACUCCCCGUGGCGAACGCCUGCGAUGCAAUAUCCCAAACCUCAAUACAGUCUACAGCAUACCAUAUCCAUGGUCAACCUCCGCGAUGAUGAUCAAUCGUGGUACAAAGGUCGUGAGACUGAAUCUCCUACUACCUCGUCUGUUUCGUCUGCCACCAGUCGAAGCACAACACCGACGACAACAAACAACAACCCGUGGUCAAACGUAAUGAUCAGCCCAGCUUCAACAUAUUCAAACAAAUCGACCGAUUCCUCGUCACCGAAAGGUAGUCCGAAACAUACCCCGCCUUACACGAGCCGAUCGACAACGCCUAUUGCUCCCCAGCCAGUAAGGGUGAUCAAUCCGGUAGCAGGAUUUGCGCCCAUGUCUCCACCUCCUCAGACUUCUGGAGAGUCGUUAAGGAAUGGUGACUACCCGGGUUCACCGAUGAAUCCUUAUCGACAACCUAUUGCUCCAUUAGUACCGUUAGUGAACGGAUAUAUCAAUACCUCUAUCUUGUCCUCUCAGGGUCAGUCUCUUUCUGGAUGGUUCUACGAGCUCGUACGAAAGCAGGGAUGGGAUUCUGGUCUAGUCAAGAAGAUCUGGCAGUGGACUUUGUCUAACCCUAGGCUCGCGAUUCUCUUGUUCGUUUGCGACGAUGUUGCCUCAUGGCGUCAGGCUUCUUUCUUUGAUCUACGCGACGAGAGCUUGCCGUUCCCGGAAGAUCGUCUCCAAGGCAUCGUAGGAAAUGCACGCAAGGUCGUUGAGGAACAGUGGCGCGCCACGUCCAAGGAACUACCGCUGACGGGAGCACACGUCGACUUCACUGCACGGGAAACAGUCCCGUUGCAGCAUAUCAGCCUUAUUCGGUCAUCGCGCAAUUCCGAAAAGAGUGUCGACUGGGUUCGGAUGCAAGGUAGCAGCGACGAUCGUGUUCUGGUGCGAAAGCGCUUUGUUACCGCUCGGUCCUCUCAAAAAGCUGCGCUCUUGGAUCAGAUUAACAAAUUCAAGCAACAUGAUCACAAGAACAUUGCGAAGUUGCUUUGCUCAUACUCUCAACCGAGUCACGUCGGUAUCGUGACGGAGAAGGCACAAUACACUUUGGAUGACUACCUUGCGCUUCCCGGGAGCGAUCCGAACCGCUCGAAGUUGUUAGUGGACUGGAUGCAUGAUCUGUCCUCCGCCCUUGAAUACCUUCACUCGCAAUCCAUUUGCCACCGAAGUAUCCGGCCUCGCAAGAUCUUGAUAGACGGUGCCCGCAUCAUUCUUGCUCCAUUCGACAUUGGGCAGAGUAUUGACACCUUCAGUCCGACAAUGGCGAACUCUCAACGCCUUGAUCAGCUUCAUACGUACUUCCAGGACCAGUCGUACGUCUACGCAGCGCCCGAAACCAUUGUUUCACGUGGAAAGAGAAUGGCGGACGUCUUCUCAUUGGGCUGUGUUUUCCUGUCAAUGAUGACAGUCGCACAAGGCCAAUCACUGUCAGUGUUUGCGCAAUACCGGGCUGCAUCCACCCAGGAUGCGUCAUACCACGCGCAUCUUGACCGAGUGGCGAGCUGGCGGAACCGGCUGCAUGCAGCGACUACUUCAAACCUUAGAAACGGACUUAUCGGAUCUGGACGCAAGCUUAGGCAGUUGAAAGCGGAGUCCGAAUGGUUGAGCAUUAUCGAGAAGAUGUUGCUACCAGGACCAAAGGAGAGGAUAAAGAUGAGAUUUGUGUUGGCCAGUCUGAGUAGCGGUAAAGCUACUGGAGGAAGACGACGUAGCUUGGACGGCGGCGGCUACAGUGGGCAAGCAGCAGCAUCUCUUGGCAUGAAUGGUGCAUCGACUGCGACGUUGGUCGAUAUUUCGGAGCAUUACGCGCCACGCAAACCAGAACUAAGUGUCUUUGAUGGUUAUUUCCAGACCCAGACCCGCAGGUUAGAACCAGCAGGUGGUUGGUGA